AUGGGUGAUCCAACCGCGACGAUGGGCGAUAGCGAUUGUCCUCUGUGCGUUCCUUUAGUAGAAGCGGAUGCUUUAGAGAAUAACGCAAGCCUACACGACAUUCUAGAGCUUCGGUGGCUGAAUGUGGGUGAUGUUAUACAGUAUGCACAAAAGCCGUUUCAGCGCUGGCGCUUGUUCAACAACUCGUCAAGCCUUGGCGUGUUCCCUGUUAAACAUCCUCUUCCUGACGUCAUUCUCUGUGGCCCACUCUUAGAAGGGCGUCAUCAAACUCCUGAAGUUCGCAAUGCCGGCUUCGCCCAGAAAGCGAAUCCUGGGCAAGCAUGA